UUAAUGUCAGUGUUUUAUUUACGAUUUUUAUUUUAAGUCGAAUUUAUGUAAUCUACCUUGUUCUACAGUUAAAUUGCAUUGCAAUGAAUUGAUUUACCCUUGAUGCGGUUUCUUUAAAACAUGCCACCAGAUAAGACUUAAGUUUAAAAAGAAGCGAUGGAAGGAAAGUUUGAAAAUCUAUCUCCAUCUGAGGUUGCUUUAGCAGGGGCCUCUUCAGGUUUAUUCUCAAGAGCUCUAAUUCAGCCUUUCGAUGUACUAAAAAUUCGGUUCCAGUUACAAAUGGAACCAAUUUCAAAGCACUCGAUGUCAAAGUACAGUUCUUUGAUGCAAGCAACGAAGAUGAUCUACAAAGAGGAAGGGCUUUCAGCGUUUUGGAAGGGACAUGUCCCUGCACAAUUCCUGAGCAUCGUCUUUGGACUGACACAGUUUUGGUGCUAUGAGAUGUUGGUAUUUAAAUUUAAGAACACCACAAUUGGUCAACAUCAUGCAAUGACUAAUUUUAUAUGCGGUUCUGUGGCAGGAACAGCAGCGACUUUUACAUCAUUUCCCUUUGAUGUGAUGAGAACUCGUCUGAUAGCUCAAAGCGAGGACAAUAAAGUUUACAAGGGUUUGUUGAACGGAUACAUACACAUAUUCAAGCACGAGGGCAUAGCUGGGUAUUACAGGGGGAUAACGCCGACGAUAUUGGCGGUAGCACCGAACGCCGGAUGCCAAUUCAUGUUCUACAAAUUCUUUGAUGGUGUAUAUAAGAAGAUCGUGAUUGUGGAAAAGGAUAGUUACAAUGUGACUGGAAGUAUGUUUGCUGGCAGCUUGGCAGGUUUGGCCAGUAAAACGUUGCUGUACCCCCUGGACAUCACGAGGAAGCGAAUGCAGUUGCAGGGAUUCCAGAAAUAUCGGAAAAAAUUCGGGGAGAAUUUUAUUUGUUACAAUAUGAGAGACUGCCUGACGAGGAUUUACGUGUACGAGGGGUUGCCGGGGUUGUUUAAAGGGAUGUCUCCUAGCAUAAUCAAGGCAUUAGUUGCCAGUGCUCUAAACUUUACUACCUUCGAAAUGGUUUGCACUAGUCUAAACAAUUUACAUAAAGUGAAAUAUGAAUGAUUAUUUAUAUUUAAAUAAACGUUGUUUUUAGUUGU